AUGAAGAAGCAGCAAAAGGUUAGUCCUACGCUGCAAAGAUAUUUAACAUUCGGAGUAACUCCUAAUAAAAAGAAACAAGCCGAUGCUGUUGAAAAGUUGAAGAAUUUUAUAAUAAUUAGCAAAAUGAAAAUCGAUUCUAUACUUGAAAAAAAUGCGACAAAAACCUACCCAAAACUAGUAUCAAAUUCUCCAGCAAACCAGCAAAUGAUUGAUGCAAUUAAGGCUUUAUUAAAAGAAAAUUUACAAGAAAAGACUAAUUUUGAGGUUAAUAACUUGAAAUCAUUUAUUAACUCGUGCCAAUAUAUAUUAGAUAUUAUAUCAGAUGAUCCAAAAGUCAGCGUUGACGUUCUAAAUUUUCUAAAUAAUCUAAAUGCAACUAUGCGCAAUAAAAAAGACUACUCGCGAUUAAAAUUUGAAAGGAAAGCAUUAGUAAAUAAGGUAUCACGAUAUAUAAAUAAUACAGUCUCGAUCACUAGAUUGGAUUAUCUUAAAAAUUUACUGCUCGAAGCUAAUCAGAAAUUUAAUGAAGAAUACUCAUACGCGCCUCCCCACGAAAUUGAUCAUAUUCUUGAUGAUUAUAUUCGAAAUAAUAGAUCUAAGGAUUUAAUUCGAUCACUAGCUACAUUUGUUGCAUAUGGAGAACCUGAUGAUGGAUUCUUUAAUACAAUUAUGCAAUUUGUCAAUGAAUUAAUUGAUGAUUUUGGAAUAACUACGAAUAACGCACAGGUUAUUAUAUUUACCUCAUGUAUACGAUUCUUAUUUAAUGAAUCUUAUUCGAUUAGAUCGAUUCUUAAUGAAUACCGAGAAGAAAAUUCAGCAUUUUUAAUAAAAUGCGAUUUAUACUCUCAACAGCCAGCAAGUUCCCUAAAGUUAUCUAAAGAUAUCGAAAAAUACUACGUCCCUGGCUUAAGAAUCAGUAGUUUGUUCAAAUUUAAACAAGUUUCGAUGUUAAAGGAAAUGGACUACAUUACCAAUCCGAUAGACAUGAUGGCCCAAAUAUUCUUUAUCAUUGACUCUCUUGCCCAAUAUUUUGGCUCAGAAGUCGGAGUUUUGGCAUUUGAUGAUACUUUGACUCUAUUUUUAGCAUUGAUGUCAAUGAGUCCUCCUUCCAAUUGCAUUUCUAUUGUUAAAUUUAUUAACAAAUGGAGUGAAUUGCAAUCAUCUCGUGUUUUCAAAGAUGCAACGAACUUUUUCUUGAUUGCUGUUGAACAGAUCUCAAGAAUCGAAAUUCCAAAAUCAGAAGAAAUUACUUCAGUUCAAAUUUUCAAAAAUGGUGAAUAA